AUGAAAGAUCAAGCUGGGUUUUUAAAAGGUGAUCGUAUAGAUAUUUGUUUAAAUGAGAAAUGUGAGUUUGUUGAAAAAGAAAAAAAGUAUGAGAAAGAUUUAAGUAAGAGCGAAUCAGAAUGGUUAGCAAAAGAUAUUGUUGAAAAAAAUGAAAAUGAUUUAGAAAAGUCGAAAGAAGUGCAUUGUGUUGUUAAUUAUGAAAAAACAGGAUUUCCUAUAAGCAAAAAGCUUUUUUGGAAGUCAUUAGUUAAACAGUAUGAUGAAUCGAACAAAAGAUUAGAAAAAGAGUUCCUUUUGAGUGAAGAAAUUAAUGAAGGGAAUAUGAAAAGAAUUUCUAAAAUGACGCUUGAAGAAAUUAAAGAAGCGAAAGAAGAAUUAAUGGAAUCGUUAAAUCCUGAAUUAAUUGAAAAGUUGAUGUAUAAGAAAGGACUGGAUAAAGAUGUUAAUGAUGUCAUGAAUAAAAAGAAAAAGGUGCAUUUCUCAUGUGAUGAUCAGGAUAGUUUAGGUAUGGUAUCAACCUUUAAUGAGAAGAAGGAAGAAAUGGCAUCACCAUCGAUUGAUAUACAUUUCCCAGUUCCUCCAUUUGAAGAUUUAGAUCCAUCGUCGCCUGAUUUUUUUAAACAGCUUCAUUCAAAAUAUUUUCCUAAUCUUCCUGAAGAUCCAUCAAAACUUGCUUGGAUGAUGGCGCCGACAAAAGAUGAAGAUGAAAUGGACUAUCACGAAUCUAUGACCGAAAUAGCACCUGAAUCUAUACGUUUUGAUUUUAAUGCAAACAUACUGUCUCCACGUGUUUCUAGAGAAAUCCCUAUGUAUAUAGGAUUGCAUCAUCAUGCAAAUGCUCCUUUGGCAGCAGGGUAUUCUAUACCAGAGCUGGUUCAUCUUUCACGUUCAAUGUUUCCUGCACAAAGAUGUAUUGCCAUAUUGAUUCUUGGAAGAAUUAUGUAUAAGCUUUCAAAAUAUACAUAUGGCUUUAUAGUGACAGAUGCAUUAAAAAAUGUGAUGAAAAAAUCAAAUGCUAUGGAGAGUUUAAUUGAUGCUGCAAGUGAAAAAAACCGUCAUUUAAGUGUAAAAUCAUAUGCUGAAGAAGCCUUAUAUCUUUCUAACUGCGAAUCAAAUAAUUUUGUGUAA